AUGUACUUCGCAACUGCUUGGGCGUGGAGCUGGACUUUCUGGGACACGACCGAUUUCAAGAUUUUCAAAGGCCACCUAAGUCGGACCCUUUAUCAAGCUAAAGAAGAUACCCACUGUGAUGAUAUGCGUCGUCUAGGCGCUACUUGGUGGCGUCGCUUAUCGGACGCAUACGAGAAGGGUAUUCUUGGUUAUGACGAUGAGAAGGAACCAUUCAUCCGAGUGGGCUGGCCAGCGAGUGGUGGUGUGUGGGUAUUACAUUCUACGGAAGCGGAGGCAGGAAGGAUGGGUGCCGGAAGGAUCCAAAAUGCGUAUAGUAUGGAGGAGCGGUGCAAGGUGAUUAAACAAUGGGGAGGCAUUUUCUAG